UGUGGCUCUCUCUACCACAACAAAGCCAAGGAAUUGUACUUGCACCCUUGUUGUAGCAACCUCAAGAGUAAACUAUGCAUCGAUGGCGUGAUUUUCAAGCUUCGUAAUAAAGUGGUAUCAAAAUGCAUGUGGUGCAAGAAGAAAGAGCCUCGGCGCCACAAAACCGACAUUCGAGGUUGGUCUUACAUUUCUGGUUGUAAGGAGUAUCAGAUUCAUGUGUACUGUGUGACCGAAAUGGUUCAUGAGGCAUGGAAGAAAGGGAAUGUUAUCGACAGUAAUAUUGAUUCCAUGGCAUUAGAGAAGAUAGAUCUGCAACUCUUACCUAAUUCGAAGAAGAAUAAAGGGAAAUUAGGUUUCAAGACUAUCAGAAAGAUAGUGGAGAUAUUCCUCAAGAGUGUUGUUGGUGUUCUUUUCGGAGAUCCAUCGAUGGUCAUUGCAUCUGUGGUUCCUUCUGUGGCGGAGUUAAUCUCCAACAACUGAAGACACAGAGAAGAACACAUCUGAUAUGUUUUGAUUGACAAGAAUGCGUUCGAGCAAAGGAGUACUGUUCUGAGAUGCAUGUGUGCGAGGGUGUGGUAAAUUACGGUUUCAAAUUUCCACGCAGGAUUGGGUUUUUUAAG